CCUACUCGCUUUCAGUUCCAGUUUCAGUUUCAGUUUCAAAGUCUACGGAGCACGCAAAAAAAAAAAAACACUUUCGAGUUGCAUCAAGAUUUCGAAUAUUUUUGCCGUUUUGCAGUUGCCGUUUGAUUGGCGCCACCCAGAGCAGCAAUGUCCCAGGAAGAGGAAACGACUCCUGUUACCGGAAUGGAUGAAGUGUCCGAAAAAUCAGAGCAGCGCAGCGCCAUUGUGCCAAAGUAUGAAAUAUGCGCAAAGGAAGACACAGAAAUGGCCAUGGAAAAGGACACUUUGGCCCAACUCCAGGAUGGAGUACCUACUGCUACUCUGGAAGCAGUACUCCAGGAGCAAGACACUCCCACUCCCACUCCCACAGCUGAAACAUCCCAGAAGAUAAACACUGAUGAAGUAACUCAGAAUAUCCCUGCUGCUCCACAAACAUUCAGGGAUGAGAGCGCUGUUCCCGAGCAGAAGUCGGUAGAUGCCACCAGAGGCAACGUGGUGGCACAGCCCAGCACCUCGGUGGUGAUGGUGGAGCAGCCCAACACCAUCAUCGAGCUGGUGGAUCUCUAUGUGCCGCCCGGUGCGCUGGCGCCCCACAACCGCGUGAGCCGCCCGUUCUUCCCCAUUCCCAUGGCCAAGUCGCCGGACUCCGCGCCGGAGUCCACACCCAAGCCGGCGACCAAGGGCCGCAGGCGUGGCCGGAAGCCAGGUCCACCCAAACCGCGGCCCGCCAAGCGGCGUCGCGCGGAGACGCCACCGCCACUGCCGCCGCCACCGAACUUUCUGGCCUCGAUCAACUGCAUCAAUCCGCUGGAGAACGAGAUAUAUCCCAAGGUCAUUGUCCAGCCGGCCCAUCAGCCCUGGCUGCUGCCCAAGUAUGGAGCUGCUGAUGGAGCAGCUCCUCCCCAGCAGCCGCUUCCUGCUCCCAAUGUGGCGAUGAUUCCCGUCAGCGGCGCCGUGACCACGGCCACCACACAAACGCGUCCGGUGGUGGUGAGCGCGCAUCUUCGCGAGAAACUGCGCCUCUUUGGCCCGGAUGUGACCAUCUCGCUGGUCCACGACCAGGUGUCGCCGCACUUCAGGGCGGUGCGCCAGGAGCCCGAUGGCAAUCAGCGGCAAUUAGUGUUCACCGCCGCACAGCUGCUCUCCUUCAGUGCCGCCCACUACGGCAAUUGGCCCCAGAUGGUGCCCAUCCAGAUGCUGAUGAUGAAGCCCUCGCCCGCCAUGCUCUCCCACUACUUUCCCGGCCCCAUGGGCCAAAUACUGGUCAACAAGCUGUUUCCCAACCAGCAGGCGGCGCUCUACCAGCCGCCACCACUGCCCUUCAAGGCGCCCACCGUGCGGCCGCCACAGGCCAUCAAGGCGAUUCCCAGGCCCAAUCCCACCUACCUGCAUCCGGGCAGGUCGCAAGUGUCCAAGCACUUUGCAGCUCCUGCUGCUCCAGCUCCUGGUCCUACUCCUCCUCCAGCUGUGCCUGCUCCUGCUCCUGCUCCGCCACCAGCUGUGCCUGCUCCUCUUCCUCCGCCAGCUGCUGCUCCAGCUCCAACUCCAGCUCCUCCAGCUGCUCCCACUCCUUCGGCACCCCCCGUGGCACCCAGCAGCCCGCCGAAGUCGCCAGUGAAGUUGCCGCCGGCCAUCAUUGUGCCCUCGAUUCUGCGGCACGCGUCCCAGGUGAAGCUGCGCCAGGCUCUGGAGGCCAAGAGGGCCAAGGCCAUGAAGGAGGCUAAGGAGGCAAAAGAGGCUGAGGAGGCCAAGUUACAACUGAGCAAGGAAAAGGAGCAAGCAAAGGACGAGCCAAAGGAUAUGCAGGAUUUGGACAACUCCAAGCAAGUAAACUAAAUGCAGAACACACUAUCAAAUGCUACAACAUAAUGAAACUAAAAUUCUGAAUGAUUCACAAUAAGAGCAGUGAAAGCAGCAACAAAUUAUCCAAAUGUAAAAGCAUCAACAAAUUAUCCAAAUGUGAUUCAAAUUUAACAUUCCAAUGUAAACAUUUAGACAUAUGAAGAAUACGAGUGGUGUGUGAUAAUUCGGCAUUCCACUGGAGACUCAUCAAACAGAAACUGUCAUGCUAAUUGGCUUUGAAAGGGCCGUCAAAUAAAACGCUUUGCUUUCGCGGUCUGCUGUAAUCCUUUCGUCACUAAUUGCCCACCGAUGUCAAUAGCUCAUUACCGACUGCGAUAAUUGCACUGCACCGAAGACCAAACCAAAUAAACACGUUCGUUUCACUUA